AUGGGCUACGAAGACGUCAAAGGUGACGCCUCUGGCAAGCUGGGCGACUCUUCACCCUACACACGUCGCACUCCACGAUUCAAGCUUGCCGUGGAUCAAGAACCCAGCAGUUUCGCUACGAACCCCAAUGCAUCCAAUGCUGAUUUCGAUCCUAUUCCGCCAUCCAAGCGUACCUGGACCUGGAAGGCCUAUGUCGCAUACUGGAUGGCUGACGCCUGGGCUGUCAGCAACUGGGAGGUCGCCUCAUCCAUGAUCGCUGGCGGUCUGAGCUGGAGAAUGGCAAUUGGCGCCUGCGUUCUCGGUAACUUCGUCAUGGGUCUGGUCAUCACCAUGAACGGCAGAAUUGGAGCCCACCUCCACACUCCAUUCCCUAUCAUCGCGCGUGUGUCAUUCGGCUACUACUUCAGCUACUUUGUUGUCGUGUCACGCUGCAUUCUUGCGAUCAUCUGGCUCGGUGUCCAGACUGUCACAGGUGGCCAAUGCAUGGUGGUCCUGCUGACUGCUAUCUGGCCGAGCUUUGCACACAUCCCCAACCACAUUGCUGCCGAUCAGGGCAUUACUACCGCGGGAAUGUGUGGUUUCGUGCUUUACUUCUUGCUCCAGCUCCCCUUCCUCUGCAUUCCUUACACCAAGGUCCAAUACUUCUUCGGCUUGAAGUCUAUCAUCGCACCCAUCAUCUUCCUUGCCGUCUUUGGCAGUACUCUACACAAGGCAGGAGGUACCAUCAGCCACAGUCCAAUUAUCACUGAAGGACCAACUGUCAAAGGCUCUGUCUUGGUUUGGGCAUUCUUCUCCAACCUCAACUCGGUUCUUGGCAACUAUGCCACGCUUGGUCUCAACAUUGCCGACUUUGCAAGAUACGCCAACAAGAGGAGCGCACAAAACUGUCAAGCGUUUGUCAUUCCCUUCAUCUUCACCAUCGUUGGUCUUCUUGGUAUCUUCACUGCUGCAGCAUCCGUAGUGGCCUAUCCUGAAGAGGUCGCCAAAGAGGGAGGUCCCCUUUGGAACCCUGUCGUCAUCGUCGGACUUUGGAGUGCUUCCGGAUCUCACGCUGGCCGUGCUGCAUCUGCCUUUGGUGCUAUCGGAUUGAUCAUCGUUACUCUCGGUAUCAACAUUUCUGCCAACUCGAUCAGUGCAGCAAACGACCUUGUCUCUUUCUUCCCCAAGUACAUCAACAUCCGCCGUGGUCAGAUUUUGGCCGCUAUUAUUGGUGCUUGGGCUUGUGUGCCUUGGAAAAUCCUGGCUUCUGCUCAAAAGUUCCUGUCAUUCUUGGGCGGAUACACCAUCUUCCUUGGCCCAAUGACCGCCAUCAUCAUGACAGAUUACUACAUCGUCCGUCGUGGCAAUGUCUCGGUGCCAGAGAUGUACAAGUUCGACGGCAUCUACCGCUACUCCCCUAAGUUCGCCUCAAACUGGCGUGCAGUCCUUGCUCUCGUUAUUGGCUUCUUGCCUCCUCUGCCUGGCUUUGCCGACAGCAUUGACCAGGGCAACCUCAGUGUAUCUCUUGGAGGUCAACACCUUUUCGCAAUCGGCUACAUGUACUCUUUCGUCGCUGCUGGUCUUUGCUACUGGGCAUUGAUGCGCUUCGCACCCGAGCAAGGCAGCAGAUUGGAUCAUCAAAUCACCGGCGAAGAGAUCCUCAUUGCAACCGACGAGAGAAACGGCAGGACCUGGGACAAGGAAGAGAAGAAGGGUUUCUCCGUCAAGAGCUGGAUUUCCAAGCACACUGAUAGCGAUUCCAGUGUUGCUUAA